AUGGGCCCGGAAAUCCCAUUGUUAGUCAAGUCCACCGACUGCAAAUUGGGCCCGGAGAGCAAAUCGGGCGGGAGAGUCCCUGUCAGCUUGUUGAAACUGAGGUCCAAGCUCGUAAGAUACGAAAGGGCCCGCAGGCCCGAAAUCGACCCAGGAAUCUCGCCCGUCAGGUUAUUGAUCGAUAGCACCAGGGUUUGCAGCCUACUGAGUGUUCCUAAUUCCUCGGGAAUCGGGCCCGAGAGAUUGUUGAUGCUCAAAUCGACAAGAGUUAGAUUUAGGUAUCUCGUGAUGUUUGGAGGGAUUUGGCCUUGGAAAUUAUUGCAAGAGAGCUGGAGCUCUUCUAAGAGAUUGGCCCGGCCAAGGCUCGUCGGGACACGACCUGUGAACCUAUUCUCGGUAAAUCCGGGCCCGAAAGCGGGUAACGGGCCGUCGAGUCUAUUCCUACUGAAAUUCAAGGACCUUAACAAACUGGGCUGCUGGCCGCAGGGCUCGAAAAACGCGUUGGGUAUAGAGGUAAGGCGAUUAUUGGACACAUCAAGAGAUUCUAAACUAGGGAAACUGCACAUAUAUGUAAGGAACUCAGAGGUGGAGAGGAAAAACGAGCGGAAAGAGAGGCCUCUUACCGAGGAAUGGUCGGGCCCGCAAUCGAUUCCUCCCCAAGAACAAGGAUUCGAGUCCCUUGUGACAUUCUGGUCAGGACAGAAAGCUGAUCAGGGGGCAGCUGGGAUGAAGCCAAGUUCAGGUGGAGCAAAUACACAAACA